AUGACGUCACUAACCUUUUCUCUGCAAUCUCUCAAGCUCUCGUCUCCAUUCGCCCAUGGCUCCACUCCACUCUCUUCUCUCUCUAAGCCCAAUUUCUUCCCGAACCCUUCGAGACCCGCUUCAGUUCCGGUCAUCAGAGCCAUGAAAACGAUGCAGGGGCGCGUGGUCUGCGCAACGAACGACAAGACCGUGGCUGUGGAGGUGACGAGGCUGGCUCCACACCCCAAGUACAAGAGGCGCGUGAGGAUGAAGAAGAAGUACCAGGCGCAUGACCCGGACAAUCAGUUCAAGGUGGGUGAUGUGGUGAGGCUGGAGAAGAGCAGGCCCAUCAGUAAGACUAAAUCAUUCGUGGCGCUUCCUGUCCUCGCAAGGGGUGGUCGGAGAGCGGAAGGAGGAGGACAAGCUGGGAACGACCUUGGCAUUCCCUUGGAAUCUCAGCAACCGGUCUAG